UUCGUAUAAUCCAUAACAGUAUCAUUUAUUUCAUUUCUAUAUUUCAGUGUAAGAUGUUUGUGUUACAUGUUAGCGUUGUGAUGCGGUUGUAGAAGGAAAGAAACAGGAAGGUUUGAGACCAAGCCCACACCGGCAGAAAACCGCUAAAAUGUAGUGUAAAGAAACUGGCCUCGCGUUCGUCUUAAGCCAAGCCUUUGUCACUGUAAGGAGUGGAGUAAACAGAACUGACCAUGGUAGGUCAGAAGAGAAAGCAGGCAUAUUCACAGCCUUCAGAGGAUUCAGAUCAGAAGAAGACAAGGACAGAUGUUGUCCCUAUAGCAUCUACCAGCAGGCCGAGACGUCGUCAACCCCAGCCAACUGUGAAGGGAAGAGCACAAGAAAGAGCCAGAACACAAACUUUAGCAGUUGGCAGAGCUAGCAGGAGAAACGUUGAAGCUGGGCAUGAUGAUAAGCCUUGUGUAAGACCUGUCAGCGAUGUAUGGCAGAGAACAGGCUACAGACUAGUCAGGACAGGCACCAAGACUAUAUUGGAUCUGCCUAUAGAGUGUGUAGCAAAAGUAUUCUCAUUUCUGUCAGACAGGGACAAAUGUAGAGCAGCCUCUGCUUGUCGCUUUUUCUCCCAAGCUGCCAGGACCCCACAUUUAUGGAGCCGCGUGUGUGUAGAUGCCGGGUUCUUGAAUCUGAGCUCCAAGUUCCCGGACUUCCUCUUCUCCAGCAGAGAUCGUAAUGAGAGCAAGGCUUUCAGCCUGCGAAAGAAGCACAUUUUUCAUCUCACCUCACGCAACGCGUCCAUCCGCGACCUGACCUACGAACUUUACGUGGACCAGUAUCAGCAUACUCUUAAGAAGCUACUAGAUGCACAGCACUGCUCUAACCUGGAGAAGCUAAGUGUGACGUGUUAUGACAUCUGCACAACGAGAGGCGAGGCGUUUGCACGAAAGUUAGAGUUUGUGUCAGAUGUGCUGAGGAAGGCUCACAGCUUGAGCCCAGGGAUAAAGAGUCUCAGGAUGCGCAGCUGCCAGCUGCUGGUCCUUCCUGAGAAGUUGGAGCUGCUCUUAAAGUUCCAGCACCUGCAGCACCUGGAAGUGCAGCUGUUUCUGAAGGACAAUGUACACCUGUCAGGGGAAACCCUUGAACGGCUGUUCACCAACUUCCCUUGCCUGACCACACUGGAGCUGGAGGUGGAUUCCACCUUAGACUACAAGCUGCCGGGGAGAGUCAACUUCCGCAUGGCCUGCCCCACCCUACAGCACCUCCGCCUGUACUACAGCCCGGACUUCAGACCCACCAGCAUCAACAUGCCAAACCUCAAGACCUUCAGCAUCAAAUACUGGACGGACUUCUCCCCACACCCUCGCAGGGUCGUCUUCCAGGACUGCCUGUUUGAAAUGAUUGUGAGAGGCUGUCCGGGGAUCGUGUCAAUCAAUCAGAAAGAGGUGCUGGGAUUGGUGGACGAGUACAGGGAGGACCCUGAGAAAGUGAAGCUGCUGAGUGUGUGCUAUUGUCCUCGGCACGGCAUGGCUCCCCCUCCCCCAGGGGCCAUCAAUAUCAUGGUGUACUUUGACCAUCACCAAUAGAAAGGCACUCCAGAAGUAGUAUGUUUUUAUUUGUGUGAAAAUUCAGUAUUACACAUAUUAUCUGAGCUUUGACCAACUAGAAAGGUACAGUAAUUUUUUCCAAUUUUUAUCAUCAUGUGAGGAAAUAGGAGUAUGUGCAACAUCAAGUGUAUAACAUACUUAAUUGAAACUCUAGUGGAGAUGUAACUUGUAAUACUAUGUCACGUGGUGCUGCUAGAUGUCGCCACUGCAACACAAAAGACAGAUAUGAUACAGUCCUUCCAGCACUGUAAUUGAAGGGUGAACUAUUGCUGUGAUGCAGCUUGCCAAGAAUAUGGUGUACUUCCAUAUGUUUCUAAACAUUUCAAGACUGCUUGUAGCUUUAGUAAAAACUUUUUUGAUAUUUAACUGUAAAGCUGUAGACUAGGAGUAUGCACACUAGAAGGGAUUCACAUAACUGUGCUGUGAAUUUAGGGUGUUGAGUAGGAUUAUGUCCAGACAUCUUUUGGGCAGUUAAUUUCAGCAUUUCAAAAGCUGAAUUUAGCUAAAAGGUGAUUGGGCAACUCCUCCAGAUUCAUGUUCAGUCAGCAUUGACAGUGAUCAGGCCAUUUAAGUCUAGAGCCACUGCUGAUUAUUGAACAUUUAAAGCAGGGCUGUGUGCAGGACCUGUCCCUCCAUCCCGGGAUGAAAAUUUGCUAGUUCAGUAGCAGUAAACAAAACAAAACUUUUGCCCUGUCCAUCCAAUAGAUCUGAACUUGAAGUCUUCUUGACCUGGAAAUAUAUUUUUGUUAGCUUAAGAUGACUGAGUUAACAACCAAAAUCAGCAACAUUGGCUUCCAAGUUCAAAUUAAAUCAAAUUUUGCCUACUCCUUUGCUAUGCCUGAAUCAUUCAUUAUUGUUAAUGCCUUUCUGGCCCUGCAAUAGUGUAGAAUCACUGCUGAUUAUCCUUCCACCUAUUGUCAAGAUAGGUGUAUAAUGCAUCAGGAAGGCCCAUUAAGGAGAGGUGAAUUCAGAGAAAUGACGUGGGUUCAUCUCUGAAUAGGGGAUUGAUAACUUUGCAGAACUUAACUGAAUGUUGGUGCAGUAUUUAAAAUCUAGUCUUAAUGUAUUCUAUUUUUCUGGUUUAUGGAUAUACUGAAUAUUAUUUGUACUUGUAUUAGUAUCAAUGUCCGUUCAAACAGCCUUAAAACAAAAUGGUCAUUACUUGGGAAGUUCAAACUACACUCAUGCAGACACAAAAUGUACUUACUUAAGUCUGCAUGUUGUGAUAACCCCUGCCCUUCUAUGGCAUCCCUCAUGUACUAACUUAUUGCUGGAACAUUGAUAGGAAUAUAUAUAGGAGUGCUAAAGGUUAUAGAAGAGAGCUUCUUAUUCCUACAUUGUGAUUUAAUCCAUUUGAAAUAGGGCCUGACCAGAAUUGCUAUUAACUAACCACAACCCUAUCCUCAAUGCUUGGUUGUUGAGCUGAAAGACUGGUAAUCAGAUCACUGAAAUACCAGUCAGAACAUAAGGAGGGGUGGUGCUUGUGCUCCAUGUAUUGGCCAAAGUUAGAGAUGGUUGCACUAUUUGUAAAGCCAUUGCAAGAUCAUUAGAGAUGUAAUGAGAGAGAUCAAUGGAGCUGUUAAACAAAAUUAAGUUAUCAGUUUUGCUUUUGUUCUGGCGCUUGUGUUAUAUUUAGUUGACUUAUUUCAAUGUUGCAAAUAUCGUAGACAAAUUCCCCUUUUCCAACUGUUUAUGCCCUGUCAUGUCUAAUCUGAAUUGAGUAGUUAGUUUGCUUGACUGUCUGGAAUGAUGGUUAAGAUAUGGUUCUACUUCCACAAUUAUAGCACAAAGAAGUGAGCUAGAAUGUACAUGUAGGUACAACGGUGUGUAAUUAGGUGAAGGCAUGGUGUCACUGAUAGUCUGACUAAGUCACACUUGUACAUGUAGCCUUCUACUGGUCCAAUCAGCCCCUAACAGCCAGUGAUUGUGUAACACAGGUUAGUGUCACCAGGAGCAUGCUGUAGGGAGUAAUCUGUUGCAUAAUGUUUGCAAAUUGAAAUUUCAUUAGAUCUCUCUGUCUUAUCAAUACUGCAGCAUCAUCAUUGUCUUUCAUGAACAUGAAGGGAAUAUAUUUUUCCUUCAUGUUCUGUGCAGUUGCAUUUUGGGAUGUCUUGUAUGAGAUAAGGGAAAAUGCUAAGGAAGAUAUCAGCCAAACUAGACCAUAUAAACAAUUUCUAUAUAUCAGUUUUGUAUCCACUUAGAGAAGAACGAGAAAUUUUGUUAGCUGCUCUACAUGCAGAUGUCUGAAGGAAAAGACAUAAUGAUGGAUGGUUAAAAAGAAACUGGACAUAUGGAAAAGCUAGUAAAUGCAAGUUAUUGUUCUGAACAAUGUCUUUGGUCUGUUGGUUUUUAUAAUGCACACUUCAUAUUUGACUGCAAUAUUGUAAUCUUAAUAACUGCACCAACAUCAUGGUAAUCUAAUUAUGACAAGUUGCCUGAGAAAGAUGGGAUUAAAUAGUUGUGGCAAAAUGUUAAA